AUGGAAAACCAAAAUGGUAGAAACCAUCAAUAUUAUGUCAGCCAAAGCCGUGCGAGCCAGAUCUCUGCACACUACAAUUCUUCGGCUUCAACACCGUCAGCUGGACAGUUCAAGACGCCACUACUACCGCAACACAACAGAUCCAAGGCGAGCGCUCAGCCACUCGCUCACCCUUCGUACUUGGGAGAUGAACACCUCUUGACGUCACCCAUCUACGAGGGAUACCAGUAUGGCGGGAUGACAUUUCUAAACUAUCAGAACAACGAUGUGACGCAUCAGCAGCCUGUGUCGUCACCUCUUGGAAGCGCUGAUUUCGCAUACGGCUAUCAGCAAAUACCAUUGACCCACAGUUCGCAUCACUAUAACUCGUACAACAUACCAUCCAUGAGCAUCCCUUCGCCCUAUGGCGUACCACAUGCCAUCCAGGCAUUUCCUCCGAGCACAACUCACUACAAUGACCUGCGUACAUCGACGGCGGGACCCGGCGUGUAUGAGCCUCUCUCGUUCGACCAUCAAGCAUUUCAAACGCCAGGCUUUACAGCCGGCGACAGCAAUGAUAGCUGCGUAUUACAUGAUAGAGCUCAGCAGCAGACAAUAAGACAAGAAGAUAUCGCCGAUCUACGAGAACAGUUUGAUCGAUAUCAGACGCAGACCAAGGAGAUAUUCACCUUGGUCAGAGAUCGUCAGUUGAAGCCAACGGCGAGCCUGCUUCUCCAGAUAUCACGAUUUCUGAUUGGCAACGUCGCGGCCCUGGGACUUGAUCGUGACGACAAAGGACAGAACAAGGACCGACUCAAGCUCUGGGACACGUUCAACUACUGCUGGUUGACAGCGUUGCAUUCUCAACACAAAACGACCCAAAUCAUGAUCCAAACUGGGCAACAGUUGCCACCUGGGCAGUCAAUCAUGGACUCUGACGACCUCGAGACAUUGGGACAAGAGAUCGUAAAGCUUUGCGACAGUAUAGACAAGACCGGGUUGGUCGAUUAUCAGAUGGGCGUAGCAGAAGAACGAAUCGUGGAUAUCCUACUGAAAUGUCUAAAUGUGAUGGGUUCGCAAUCGCGAAAGAGAUCCAAGGGUUCUGGGUCGAGUUCAAGCGCUAGUGCAUCUCGCAGGUGA